AAAGCAAAAGAGACACAGGAGUGGAAGCAAGCUUUGGAUGAAAGGCAGAGCAGUUAAUGAAGAAAUCCUGUGGUUUUGAAGGGAUUUUUCUGGAUUGCUGCGUUUGCUGGUAAAAUGGCCCGUGGGGGUAGGUGGAUCGGCAGAGAGAGAGCAGGCGCGGGGACAUAGAAGUGGCCCCACGGCAGAGAGACGCUCCCUUCUUCAUCACUGCAGAUCUUCAUCAUGAAAGUUCUUCUGACUUUAUUUUCCCUUUCCGUACUUCUUUCUCCCGCUUGUUUCCAGACGCAAGAAAACACGAGGAACAAGAAGCUUCCUGAUCCAUCAACUUCAGUUGAGGGGGUGCUGAAACCUCAUACUCAAGAAUCCAAGGAUUCAGAACCAACGAUACAUCCAUCUAUUGGUGCUUCCCUGGAGUGUGAAAUGUGUUUUGGCACGGGAAAUAGCUGUCGAAGUGGGAAAGAGAGAUGUGAGUUCGAUGAGGACAUUUGUGUUAUCGGAUUGACAGAAACCUCCGAAGGAGGAAAAACCACGUCCAAUAUAGAAAAGGACUGCUAUUUCUCAGAGAACUGCACCUCUGCAUCUGUUUUGGUGACCUUUGGACAAGGAGAGUUCCUCAGGAGAAGCACCCUCUGUUGCUUAGGAGAAGACUGCAAAGAAGAUUCUCUUCCAUGGCCACCAAUCAAUAUGACAGCCAAUGGGAAAUACUGCCCAGCCUGCUAUUCUGCCCAGCCAUGCCUUAAGAAGACAGUCAAGUGCACUGGAGCUGAGAAUUACUGCCUGGAUUUGGCUGGGCAUAAAUAUCCUGAUAAGCACAUCACUCUGAGAGGUUGCACAACUGCGCCCAUCUGUAAUGCUUUACUCACUGGAAAAGUGAACUUGUUUGAUAUGGAUAUUGUUAAUUGCCAGCCGGCCAACCGGGUGUCUCAGCUUACAGGAUGUCUUCUCUUGUCUCUCUCUGGGCUCCUGCUGACGAAGGUCCUCUUGUGAUGCACCUCUUGGAAGAAGCAGCCGUUAAAGGUUCCUUGUUUCUCCUUCUCAGAAAGAAGAACAUAGAACGUGAAAGGGGUAUUUCACCAAGACAGAUGUUUGAGACCACUCGUUCAGUUUUCUCACUACUGACCAGCACAAGGUCUCCAGAGAAAGUGCUGGAACUUGAAUCUGGACCCUCUUUCUACCCAUGAGGAACAGCUUGCUAAUUCAUGAAGACACAGCCACAAAACGUCUGCUGGAAAAUGCCUUUAAUUAAUAGAAGUUUGCGAGGCAAGAGUGGCCACCCAAGGUGACCUUCCUUGACUCAGGAUUUUGUCUCGGAUGGUGGGACUUCUGCAGACCUGCAAUCCAUGCACAGAAGCUGCUGCUUUUCACAAAUAAAGUUUGGCCAUACCGCUCUGGUACUAGGAAGGUGGAGAAGUGUGUGUCUCUCCUCCAAAGCAAUCUUCUGAAGAUUUGCACAAUUUAAUGCUUAAAACCUGGGAUCUGCUACCAGGUCAGUGUAUAUAGUAAUGGUGGUAUUCACAUGACGAAUCUAAUCAGGUCAGCUGACAAUAUGUGAGGCUUGGUUAGUUUUAACUCUGGUUUCCGGAACUUGAUGUGAUGUAUGAAGCCAGUCUGGUUUCAUAACUAUUGCUCUAUUUUUGUGCAAUAAUGCUAUUGCAAAUAUUGUGCAAAUUGUAUGGGUUUACAGUAAUCAUGUUAGCGUGUUCUGCCAACGAGCCGUUGUUAAGCUUCUGUUUCAAGUGGACCAAAUGCUUGACUGGGUUCAAGGUAAAAAUCCCUCAUUUUUCCUCCUUUCCUGCUGGAUAGUUUGGGGAAAUAUUAGAUACCCGUUGAACUUACUCAAAACUAUUUGGACCUCGAAGCGACACCUCCAGACCUCCAAAUAAAAUAAGGUUUUAAACU